CAGGCAACAACCCGUCCCCAACUACUCAUAAUGCUCUUAGAAUCUCUGAGCACGUACCCGUCUUUCACUCCUGACACGCUACAUUCCUUCUCUCCGUACCCUCUUUCCUCGCGCGAACAUCUCCACAAAUCCCUCCUCCACCCCUCCUCGGCCUCUUCUUCUCAAGCAGGUCCCAGCACCUAUCGAUCAAGCGGUAUCCGCGGUAUACAGUCCCCACCUACCAACUCCGACCCCGAUGAGCAAGCACAAGAUGCCCGGCGGUCAGCUAGUAUGAUGCGCCGGCGCGCGGAGGAGAGAGUAUUGAUGGGCAGGACACCGGCCGGAGUCAUGCUGGGAAGGGAGGAUGAUGAGGUGACACUGGAGGAGGAGAUGAUGGAUCAAGAACAGCACGACGUGACUAUGUUUGGUCACCGAUUCUUAUUGCCGUACGGGAGAAGACAGACGCAAAUGGAAGUGGAUUCUGCGCCCUCUCCGUCGCCUUCCGAAGCAGACCACGAACGGCGACAAGAAGACCCCUCUGGCAUACUCCACCACCAUCAUCACCCCCCAGAGGAUGAAACAGAGAAUGAAGAUGACGAAGAUGUGGCUGAUCUGGAUGGCAGCGUGGAGGAUAUGGACGCAAGUCAGUUUGAUGAUGAGGAAGAUGAGGAUGAGGGUCUGGAAGCGGAGGAGGAAGGCGUGGAUUUGGAUGAUGAGAUGGAAGAUAUGGAUGAAGAGUAGUGUCCGGAUGCGAUGAUUCGUUCUGCGGCCCCUGUCCUGGUGAACGUUGAGAGCGCAGGCUUGCUCGACCGAUCCCCCUCCAGCGCAAGCACACGCAGGCAGCGGGACGGCUUUCGCGAGGCCUUUUCUCCUUAUAGCCAGUUCAAUUGAGCUGGAGUAUUCGGUAGCUCCAAUACUCCCUCAUGGGAUGCUACGUACUGCACUAGGACAAGAGCUGAACCAAGGACCAAACAUUGAAGAGGACGCCGUCGACUGGUCGAUUAUAUCAGUUGGUUUAGAUUGUGGACCUAAUAAUCCAAGCGGGUCAUUAGUCCAAGGUCGGCA